AUGACUUCCCCGACGUUAAACCAUAGGCUGCAGCCUCGACUAGAGGGAGACUCUGCUGAAGAACAACGAUCGCCUGGCAACACGACAGAAGAGCAGCCAAACAUUCAUCAGCAGAGAGUAACCCAGCCACCGUUUUGGCUCAGCAAAUACGCACUGGUCAUAUUCGCCCUCAUCUUCGCAGCCCUCGCUGCAUCGCUCAUCACCCUCAAAUGCGUUUCCGAUACCAAAGACGGCUUCCCUCUCCACUUCUCCUCCAACGAAUACUCUUGGACGUACGGUCCUACAGCCGUGCUCAUAAUCGUCUUGAGCUUCUGGAGACGAGUCGACUACUAUUAUAAGGCUGCUGAACCGUGGAGGGAACUUCAAUCUGGGCCUGUACUCGGUUCCAGGUCGCUUCUGUUGGACUAUGUGUCACCAUUCCAGCUCCAGAGUGUAUACCGAGCUUGCGAAUUCCGUCAUUACCGUGUUUUCGCCACAAUCAUCUCAUUCUUUCUACUCAAAAGUAUCAUCCUUGUUUCCACUACUUUAUUCGUGGUUCAGCAUCCGUCGCAUGCUGAAUCGGUGGAUAUCACGUACGAAAAUACUUUCGACGCUGCUAGUACUUGGGCCUCUUUCGGUUUGCCAUAUUUUUAUGGGAACAGGAAGCCGAGUCCCUUCUUAAUCAAAGGGGAAAAGGUGUAUUUCGAUGGCGGCUCGGACAAGCCUGUCUAUGCGUACGUGUCUCGUCUCAGAGGCGAUGUGGUACGUGAUUAUGCUUGGAACACCCAAGGUGGAUUCGUAACCCAGAGGUUCAAAUCGACAGCAUCGUCACUCAACGUGACGUCUCUCGCAGCACCGGUCGACUUAUUUCUUCCUGUUGUUAACUGCGAAGAUGCAACGUUAACUCUAGAUCCUCCCACCGACCAAGGCUCGUACUACAUGUGGAACUCGUCCACGUGCUCAACGGGAAGAAACAGUAGUUUCAUAUGUCCUGACUAUAGACCUAAUAGCUUGAAUAGCAGCCGAUGUGCUAGCCAACCGUGGGCAUAUACGCUUCACCGCAUAAACUGUUCAGAGACCAGGCCCCCGGAUGAUUCAAAAGCAAAUGGCGGGGGGGCUUCUGAUGUACGAUACGCCAUCACAGUCGCUAACCACAACAUCCCCUCCAUGAUCGAUAACUAUACAGAAUUGGCAGGAAUUAAACUCAACAACCAUUCAGCCGUUCUUUGCAAGAUUGGCUACAAAAUGGUUUCGGUCACUGCAACUCAGGAUAUGCUCUCGAGCAAUGUGUCUCUGACCCCAACCUCCAACUAUGGAGAAGGAAGACAGUUACACAACUUGACGAAUUUCUCACUGUCCGAAAUGCUUAUGACAGAUCUCGAAGUAGCGUCUUCGACUCUUGUCUACAAUGAGAAUGUCCCCCGCCUAACUAUUGAAUCUACCAAGAUGAGCCGCGAUUGGACUGCUAGCGAAGCACUAUUUCAGUUGAUGGCUAUCAAGUUAGGAGACGAGUUCCGACCUGACGUUCUUUCCGUACCGUCAACCCUGAGGAAGAUGUCAGUCGAGAUUCUUGAAGGGCUUCUCAAUGAGAUGGCUCGUCAGUCACUGCUCGUGAACAAAGCUACAAACAGUACAGGUGAUGGUCUCGUCAGCAGCCCACGGCUACAAAUGAGUAAUGUGACAGUUUGGUUCAUGGUUUCAGGCUUUUCAUUCUUGUCUAUCGUCUGCCUGCUCUUACUGUUUGUAUCUUCUACACACUGCUGGUUCUCUGCGAUGGGUGGCUCUAUUGCCGGUCAUGCUGCUGUUUUGGCCAACAAUCCUUCACUGCAGAGGAUCCUGCAGAGCUCGGGUGGAUUGAGCGAAAAGAGUUUGACUGAAAGUAUAAGAGACGUGGAGUUCACCAUGACCAGCGCCAGUGGUGGUGUUCGGAUACAUGAAACGGGGAAGAACAGUCCUUCAGAUGACCGAGAACGUCUGGCCACCAAUGCCAAGCGCUGGACACCUAUAGCUGGGUCAUUGUAUUUCAUGACGGCCACUAUCGCCAUCCCCUUGCUUGCAAUCGGCGCACUUGAGCUCCUCCAACAACUAUCUAAUCAAAGACAAGGCAUUUUCGACAUAAACAGAACAGACUCCUCCACCAUUUCAAUUACACGAAUGGCCUCCACGGCGAUAUUCUUUCUCAUAUCAACAAUGGUCAAUAGUCUUGACUUUGUCAUAGCGACUUUUGCCCCGUACAGUGUUCUUCGAUCAGGAAGUGCUCCUGCAGAAACAAGUAUUUUGUUUCACUUGCUAUCCGUAUCACCGUUCCUGAUAGUACUCAAAUCACUGAGGGCUCGUCAGCCAGGACCAGCAUCUUCCAACGUUUCAUCACUCUUGGGCAGCCUCCUCACAAUCGCCUCAUCGGGUCUCUGGACACUCACGGGACCUGUAAAUGUCGAGAGAUCGAUGACAGCAAUCGCAGGGAAUUGGCGUACAUCAUGGUCUGCCUUCAGCCAGGAUGACUCUGGUGCUGCAAAGACACUGAACCUCAUUCGGCAUGGAGGGGCAAAUUCCUCAGUUGCAAUUUGGCAAGACGUGGUACUGCCGAGUAUAAGCAUUGCAUUUCCUGACUCUUCUAUGCCUGACACGAUGGCUCAAUCCUCCAGCUACACUUAUAGCGUCGGGGCGUUGCGGCCCUUCCUCAACUGUACCGUGGUCCCGGCAGAGAAUCUAGUUAUGGAUCCGUGGGUCAUGGCUAUUUACUACGCAUUGGACGGGGGUCGUAUCGGGCACUCACGUGAGAAAACCAUAUGGGCUAACUUCACCGCUCCGGUCGGUUGCAAAGGCCAUGAUGUCAACGGGAAGUCUUAUGUGUCAUUCAAUACGAGUGUGAAGAUUGCGGAUCGAGAAGGAAAAUCCUAUCAUGAUAGGUGGGUUGGUAGUUACUUGGAUCUCAACCUAACCGUUAGUGACCCCGGUGCUGACUGUCCCUCCGUCGGCAUAUUCUUUGGAAAUAUGGGAGGCAAUGAUACCUCGGCAUGGAGCAUGACAGCCUUGACUUGCACUCAGGGCAUCGAGCAAAUUCCAACGAACAUCACGUUCAAGGGCGACCCAGCUCUUGGGGUAAUCGAUGAGAAGCAUCCUCCACUGCUAGCUCGAAAGCAAGCUCGGGAAUGGGUAAACAGCACCUCAGGGUCAUCGGCGCUUAACUACAAGCUUAAGCAUUUUCUCGAUGACCAUCUGAAACUCUAUCCGACUCACAACAUUACCGAGCAAAAGCAGGACUGUGAUUCAUUUUUCAACCACUUGAUAUACGGUCCGAACGCGGCAAAGAAAGAAGAACUCCUCGGCCCUAGGAAUGUCAGCAAUCUGAUUGAUGCUGUGCAAAAGGGCUACAGCGAGUACAUGAGAUAUCUCAUUGAUCUCAACUUCCGAGCAGACGAAAAGACCCCCCAUGACGAGCUUGUCAGUGCUUUAGCGUCUCCAUCUCCAGCUGGGGAGGCAGUGCCACCUAACACGGAAAUAAACGGAACGAUGCGCCAAUUAAUCACCCGCUUUGCCAUAAACCCAACUUCCAAAACCAUUCUCCAAGUCCUACUAGCUGUCAUAGCUGUUCUGAGCCUCGAAAGCUAUCUUCUUGUCAAGAUUCGCGGUACACUUCCCCGCGAUCCUUGCAGCAUAGCCAGCACGAUGGCAUUUCUGGCUGGAUCUCAGCUGUGCGAUCGAGAUUCGGGCAUUAUACCGCAAGGAGCUGAGUACAUGGCUGAUGGACAGCUGAAGAAGGCUUUUGAUGGCUGGGUGUUUAGUCUCGGGUGGUGGCAGAAAGGAGAGGCUUCGGUGGAGUCAGAAGAGCGGAGUGAUGAUGCGAGAACAUCAGGAGAUACAGAUCCUCAGAGCGAGACACGGGAGGGGCAAAGGACUCGUGGAAGAUUUGGGAUCGAUGUUGGGCGUGCGAGUGUUUCCAAGUUCUAG